AGGGAGAGCCUCGUGGAGGAGAUCAGGAGGCGAACAAAUCAGCUGUAGGACCCACCUGGACAGCUCUCACAUGCUGGGUUCUGGCAGACAGACGCACUCCUGUGACCAACCAGGCUGCUUGGCUCUACCACCCAGCCAGCUGGCAGCAGAUGCAGGGUUGGGGAAGCCUUUGGAGGUUGUAUUUAUUCUUUGUCUUGCGUCCUCCCCUUCCCCACAGGAGCAGAGAGGCCGCACUGACUCCUAUGAAAUGCCCAGCCCUUGGCUGUGUCAUUGAAAGAUGUUUUGUGAGUGGCUCUGGCACACACUGCCCUCCUGUCUGCAGCUGUACCGUGACCAGAGGAGCCCCGUGCUGCCAGCAGCCCCCAGGCUCUUGUCUGCAGCUCUUUGUGCCCUUCGCGUUCAAUAAAUGUCCAGCCCAGCGUCUGUGCUCUGGCCGCGGGGGUUGACCUUAUCCCAUGCCAAAUGUUCUGACAACCAAUAAAUCUCGGCCAUCCUACGCCUCGCCUUUCCUUCCCUCCGCUCACCUGCCCGCCUCUGCUCGGGUAGUUCCUCGGCGGCCCCGCGCCAGGAGCACAGCGCUGCUGGGUGGAGGGGGGGGCUGUGCUGCACCCCCGGCCCUCCGCUCUCUCCUCCCUCCCCGGGGCGGGGCACUCGAAGCCCGACGGUGGGCGGUGGCGACGGAAGGUUCCAGAGCAGGGAGGGGGCCACGAGGAGCUGCGAUGGCGGAGGAGCAGUGGACCAGCAGCAUCAACCGGACCAAUAAGAUGGCUCUGCUCGCCUGGGUGAGAGAAACCGGCAUCGACCUGGUGCAGGUGAACGGGCAGAGGCGGUACGGCGGCCCUCCGCCAGGGUGGGUGGGCAGCCCGCCGCCCCCGGGCUCCGAGGUGUACAUCGCCAAGCUGCCGCGGGACCUGUAUGAGGACACGCUCAUCCCGCUCUUCCAGAGCGUGGGGCAGCUCUACGAGUUCCGCCUCAUGCUGACCUUCAGCGGGCUCAACCGCGGCUUCGCCUACGCCAAAUACAGCGACCAGCACGGUGCCGGGAAGGCCAUCGCCGCCCUCAACAACUGGGAGGUGCAGGAGGGCCGCGCCAUCCUGGUGUGCCGGAGCUUCGAGAAGUGCGAGCUGAGCGUGAACGGGCUGCCCGCCACGCUGCGCCGCAGGGAGCUGGACACCAUGCUGCUGGAGGCCACCGAGGGGCUGCUGGGCUUAACGCUGCACGCCAGCCCCGGCCGCAAGCAGGGCAAGGUCGCCGUGCUGACGUACAGCUCGCACCGGGCUGCCGCCAUGGCCAAGAAAGCUCUGGUGGAAGGGAAUGUGGGCCUCUUCAAGAAGAAGGUGAAGGUGGAGUGGCUGAAGCCGGAGCUGAAGGAGCAGUUGCAGGCGUGUGGGGAGAAGCCGCCCCCCGGCAGUGUGCAGUGCCUGCAGAGCCCCGAGCGGGUGCUGCCGUCCUCCGAGCUGCGCGGGGCGCUGGGCCGCCUGGGGGCCCUGUGCCGGCGGCUGCACCUGGGCACCCCCCGCUUCCUCACCAGGUGCGUGCAGGCUGAGCCCCACGGCUGGCAGCGGUACUGGGGCCAGGUGGUGAUCCCGUCCUACCCCGUGCCCUGCAGCACCUUCCUGUGGGUGCGGGAGGACGCGCCGGGCACCGUGGGGCACGAGAAGAUGAAAGAGGCGGUGGCGCAGCUGGCCCUGAUGAUGCUGGGGCACUGAGGGUGCAUGUGGGCACACGUUGUGCCCCAGCUAUGAAAUGAACCCGAGCCACCUGAUGUCACGUCGUGGAGCAGAGCUGAGCCCAGCGGGGCCGCGUUCCUGUUCAGCCUUGUUUUGAGUUCGUUGGGGUUUGUUUGAAGGCCAUCUGGAGGAUGCGGGCGCUGCCCCAUCCCUAUCAGCACUGGUUCUGUUGUUGGCAGCAGGCGUGCCCUGCCUGCUUCCAUGUUCUCCUGUUGAUGAAGUUGUUUUGUGUUGCUGCGGUGCUGCAGGGCUCUCAGGAGGAGCAGCAGCUGCCUGGGAAGGAUGCGUUCUGGGGGCGCCAGGCCCCAUUGCCUGCAGCCCCAUUGUCGCCGUGGGGCAGCCAGGGAGCCCUGAGCUGUCUGCAGGCACUGCCCCCAGCCUGGAGGCCAGAGUCCACCUGCUGGCUAUUAAAGGAGCCUGGGAAGCACCGGUGGUGUUCUGUUGCGUUUUGUUGCUGCGGUUUCCCUGCGGUUUCCCGUUGUGCAGCCAGGCCCACAUUGGGCAGCACCCGCUGACGUCACCCCGACGUCACCUCCACACGCAGCUCCUGAGGCGCAGCUGCUGCCACCCGCCCUGGGCCGGCUUUAGCCCAGCGGUUCCUUCGGCAAACAGUUUCUGAGUUGCGGGCCCCGACUGGGGUUCGAUCCCGCGGGCACCCCUGGCCCAUUUU